AGUCCCUUUGACUGCGCACGCGCCUGUCUAUAUUGUUAACUUUAAUUUUGAAGUUUUUUUACUUUACGAAGAUGCCGGAUAAAGUGUACCCAUACGAAAUUCGUGAUGUUGAUCCGGAUACUGCUAAAACAUUAAUGACAUACUUUAAAGAUUUUGAAUGGAGCGACCGCCGACUAUUUGAAUCAUAAAUUCGAUUGUAACAAAACUUUAAAAAAGAAGAAGCUCUGCAAGUUUCUAGCGCCCGUUCUUCUCAGGUGAAUUAACUGGCUUCGUGCGUGUUGGACCUAAGGGCUAUUUCUUUCCUCACAAAUUCAAGGAAGAAGCCGAGAGUUACUACAACAUGGAGAUCCGACCGACGGACAUAUUUGUGACUAGUUAUCCCCGCUCAGGUACAACGUGGACGCAGGAGUUGGUGUGGAUGGUAGCCAACGAUUUGGACUAUGCCACCUCCGACGCCAUUCCACUCACGGAAAGAUAUCCCUUUUUAGAGUUUUCAAUGUGCGUCCAUCCAAGAAUGAAAGAAAUAUUCACAGAAGAAAACAAAGACGAUGAGCGAAAACUAAAGUUAUUAGAAUGGGUGACCCAGCCUGGAACGGAACAGUUAGCAGCAGCCACUUCGAGGCGGUUCGUGAAGACCCACAUCCCGCUAUCUUUACUGCCACCGAAUCUGCUCGACGCUAAGGUGGUGUAUGUCGCGAGGGAUCCUAGAGACGUGGUCGUGUCUUUCUACCACUUGAACAAGUCUAUGAGAACUCAGGGUUACGUUGGAGAUUUUAAGCAGUUUUGGGAGUUCUUUAGCCAUGAUUUGCAUCAUUGGACACCGUACUUCGAGCAUCUCAAAGAGGCUUGGGAGAUGAGACAUCAUCCAAAUUUGCUGUUCCUGUUCUAUGAAGAGUUAUCUAAGGAUUUACCAAAGGCAGUACGUCGUGUUGCUGAUUUUCUCGGCAAGGACUUCAAUGAUGAACAGAUUGCUCAUCUCUGUGAGCACCUGAGCAUUGACAGCUUUAAGAACAACAAGUCGGUGAAUUAUGACGUCAUGAAGGAACUGGGCAUUAUGAUUGGCAACAGAGGAUUUAUUAGAAAAGGUAAGGCGGGCGGUUGGCGAGACUACUUCAACGACGAGAUGACGUUUCAAGCGGAGCGCUGGCUAGCAGACAACCUGAAAGAUACUGAUUUACGAUUCCCCCAUUUACAAUUUUAGAAUAUAAGCGUAAGAAUUAUCAAUAUUAAUUAGUAGUAAGUAUAUUAAUACGUAGGCAUAAGGCUAACACAAUAAUUUAUAGUAUUUGUUUUUAGCUUAAUAAAGAAGUACCUAAUUGAUAAUUGUAUUUUGUUUAACUCGUUUAAAAGGCGUUUAAUAGCAGCUGCAUUUUACAUUACGUUUUAGAAACAUUCGAUAUUUCAAACCGUUGGCUCACAUUUUGAAUCCCUGCCUGCAUAGGUUACGAAACGUCGGGUUAAAUAAAUAAUAAUAAAUAUGUAAGUAGUGCCUGAACCAAGUAAGAAUACUUACAGCUACAAUUACACGCGGUUUUUAAACAAUGAAAGUAGUUAGUCAUUGGCAAAAUGUUGGUGUUAUUUUUAAGUUCUGAAAUGAAAACUUUAUUUAAGGCUUGGGUUGUUUAUAACCUAACCUAACAUAAAACUUUAUACCUACGCUAUAGAGUUCGAAUUAAUACCAUAUUUUUUUUUAUAAAAUGAGGUACCUAGGCUUCAAGGAGUUUACAAAUAAAGGUGAUAAAUAAAUAAUGCUGAUAUUUUGGUGCUUACUACAUAAUAUUAAUAUCUAAUGAUUCCACUUAGAAUCAUUUAGACUUUAGGGCAUUUGAUUAAAUUUAAAUUUUAUUUCAUAGCAUUUAGAUAAUUUAAUUUUAAAGUAAAUUAUUGUCUAAUUCCGCAAAAUAUCGAAUAAUAGAUACAGUAAUUAAACAAAGUUAAGUAUGAUACUAUCCAGUAAGCGGCCAAAGGACUUUUGGUCUGAAUGAUUGAAUAUCACCACUGCGUUGUAACUCUUAGUUCCCAUUUAAUUGAUUCUGUAAUUUGACAGACACAGAGUCAUAACUGAUAAUUAUUAAUAAAAGAGUAGGUAUGGCUAUUGUAUUGAAGGUCGCGCUAAAUUUGUAGCUUUAUUCAAAUACGCUACCAAAUGUUCGGAAAAAGUAGAGCUCGUGAAAAGAUCUUACAAGAAUCUCCCAGCCACUAUUUUCAAUCAAAUUGAGUAUUUUACGAUGGUAGUUUGUAAGGUGCUGUAUCCAAUAUAUGAAAGACUUAAACAUUGUUAGUGUUGUUCAAAUACUUAAAGUUAAAAAGCGUUUUAUAUUUAAAACAAUAAUUUCAUUAAAAAUAUCUGUAUAAAUACCUAACCUAUAUAUUGGAUCGUACCUUUAGAGUAGAUCGUUAUUUUAACCGUUAUUUAUGUGUAGUUAUACUUACUCUACAUACUACCUACUAUAAUGAUUAUUGUAAGUUAAAUAAUAUUAAUUAAAGUUCAUAAUAAUUUUGUCGUCAGUGUAAUUAAAAAAUUAAAUAAUAAAUGUUGAUAACAAUAA